CACUGGUUUUCUAAACAUGCAACGUAUACAGUUUGAAUAACUUAAAACUGAGUUCCUGUUUCCCCUGCAGAACUGUAGGUUUUUGUAGUCUGUGACUGUGAGAUUUUUUUAGCUUGUUACACAGGAAAGAAGUGACUUUGUUUACGCAGGAAGCAGAGUAUGUAUUUAAAAAGAGUUAUUUCCUCCUAACAGUAAUUAUAUUUCAUCUCACUAUUCACUGUGAAAGCCUCAGCCAGUUGCAUCUGUGGAACACUUCUUUGCAGAGUCUUUUUUUUUUAAAUGGGUAAUUAAAAUAGAUCCUGAGCUGUAAUCUAACCCCACUAUACCACUGUGGCACAGGACGAAAGUGAGAAAGCACAUGGAUUUUCCUAUCUGAGGAUUCCCUUAUUGUCAUUUACCGUUGCGGUUUCAAUCUUCAUAAAAGAGGAAAUAGCUUUACACAGAAGGAUGAUUUCUCACAACAUGACAUGGAUAAGAUAUCCAAGCCAUAGCUUCGACCCAUCUAUCAGAAUAGAAGACCUCAUAGUUUCUCAAAAUGUCAUAUCAAGAUUUAUGCACUGUUACAUUGCCUUCUUUGUACCAACAGGUUUAAUAGCUGGCAUAUUUAUCCUGACUGUCUUCAUAAAGAACUAUUUGCGGGAUAGUGGCUUGGAAAAAUUAGAUAUAUUUCUUUUUUAUUUCACCAUCAGCAAUAUUGUAAUGAUAUUUUUUUCAUUUACUGUCAUAACUAGACCUGACUAUUUAAUGGCAACCCAGUUAGAGUGUGGAGCUCUGUCGUUUUUUUUCAACGUGAGUUAUUUCAAUUCUCAGUAUCUUCUGAUUUUGAUGCUUCUUGCUUUUUUAUUCAGGAGAUUCCCACCAAGGACAGUUUUGAUGACCAAAGCAACUCAAAGUCCAAUGUUAUGUGUUGGAUUUGUACUAACAUGUGCCUUCUGCAUAUCACUGGUAGUGGUGGCAUUGCUAGGCACAGAUAACUACCACAAAGAAACAGCCUGCCAGUUAGAUCCAUUAUUCGCAUGGCCUGAAUAUGAGAUUAUUAAAUUUAGCUUUGGGUUUGGAAUUCCAUUGUUUUUCCAGAUACUCUGUUUUAUUCUAUUUUUUGUUAAAGAAGCACAACCAGAAGCUCCAACCCAGAGAGAGAAUAUUCAAGCUUAUCUGGCUGUGCUGACUAUAACCAUAACAAUGUUUGUAUGCCGUCUGUUUUACAACACUAUGAUUCUCUCCAGGACUACAUUAAAGAUACACAAAAGCAUUGGAACUCCCAAGAACGAGCUAAUGAUGAAUAUUGCAGAGAUAGUGUUGUUUAGUGAGAACUGCAUUAGUUUGAUAUUCAUACUUUGUCUUCAUAAACCAUGCCAGGCUGGAAUACUGAAAAUCCUAAUGAAUCUCACAAAAGUUUGCAGAAAAGAUACUACCAACAAUCGUCCUGAAAUACCAGUAACAGAUGUACAUGGUGAAAAUGGGUCUCACUGAUUUCCCUCCCCAUGCAAAGUAUUGAAACAUUUUCACUUGUUUUAUCAAGAACUGUCCAUUGGUUUUGGCCCAAGACUAGACCUACCUUACAAAUAUCUGAAGAAAAAUGUUGUUUGGGACCUACCGUCAAAGUUUUUAAAAUGAAAGGAACUGGUUUAUGUUGGAAUUUCUCUAAACCAAAACAAAAAGUCUAACACAUACUGAUGCCAGAACAGCAUGCUUUCUUGAGGACUUCGAUGCACAAGCACGGAAAUAAACAAAAGCACAGCAAAAGCAUCUUUACCAAAGACAAAAUCAGGAGGGAAUGACAUUCUGUUUUCACAACUGUAUUUCCAUGCAACUGGAAUUUAGUAUACUAGAGAUGGACAAUAGUUAUGUAUUAUACAAAUAAUGGCUAAUUCGAAGGGCCAUGGCAGUAAAAUAUGCUCCAAGAGUGAAAAAAGUCUUGAAAUUGUGAUAUUGGCAGAACUGUGAUACAUUGUAGAUUAUUCCAUAAUUUAAAAAAAAAAAAAAAAAAAACACAGUGCUAACCUGAGAACAUUCUCUCCCCUCCAUCCAUCCUCCCUCUUGGAGCCCAUCAGGGGAUUUUUUGCCUUCAUUCCCCUUGUGGACAUAGUAGUCUUUUGAGAGAGAGGAGUAGAGCUCCAAAAUUGUCUAUUUAUCCACGAUAACCUUUGGAGAAGUGGACAAGUUAAAGUGUCUCAAAUACAAGGCAACUCUGGACCGAAGGGAAGACUUCAGGACCCUCAUGAGUCACAGAACUAGGACAGAGAAACAGGAUGGCAAAUUAAGCCCGUGUAUAAGAAUGCAGGAUUUUUUGUUGAUGACUUCAAUGCACAAGCACAGAAAUGCUCAAGGUGCUAUAAACUCAGCAUUAAGACUGAGGAUAAUUAGUGAUGAGUUUUGUGGGAAGAUGGAUCCAUUUAGCUCAAUCCAGAUUAUAAAGGAGGUGAGAGUGUCUCUUUUAGCAAGAGGGAAAUAAAGACCUAGGGUAAUGAAGGCCCUGGAGGUGAAGCCUCUAGGAAGAGGGAAUCUUAGGAUGAGUUUUUUAAAAAAACAAAAAAACAAAAAACAAAAAAAACAAAAACAAUUAUAAAUAAAGGUAGACCCCAAGAAGGGGAGAGUUUGGAUUCUAAUGCGGGUUCUGUGUACUUUGCUGAGGACAGGGUAGGGACUAACAUUUGGUACUAGAGGUGGGAUUCCCUAAGACCCACUGCACAAAGAGGAAAAAUGGAAGAAAUUCUAUAUGAAUGGUAGAACAGCAACUACACCAUGAGCCAGUUCAGAAAGUCCCCUUGCAGCAUCAGCACAGGCUGAAGUCCAAUAACUACCAGUUUCAAAUGCAAAUGAGGCUUACCUGGUUUCUUCUGAGUGGGUAGUUACUGCAGUUCAGUGGGACAAGGAGUCAGGAACUAUACAUUUAACCUCCCCUUCUCCGCUCCCCUUUUUUUAACACGGCAGUGCAAGCUUCAUACGAGGCUUUGGACAAGCAUGUGGCCAUAGGUUACAAGGCUAUCGGGACUUAUUUUGGACUGACUGGGAGGUCUCAUAGGAGACUUACCAGCAGAGAUUUUGAAGUGAGCUCUUUCUGUCAGGGGUGCAGCCACAUACCUUUGCUCAAUAUUUGAUGGCUUGGGAACUCAUUGGCUCAGGCGUAAUACCCAGAUGGUAAGGGAACAGAUGGAUUUUGUAACAGUGGAGCAGUGCUGGAAAGUCUGCCUGAGAGGGUGAAGGCUUGUUUGGACAGCUGGUGUCAGUGCACCCUGGUACAGGCACACAAAGAGGACUAACUGGCACUAGAGAUAAUCACAGCCAUGUCCUAAAAUAAAGGAGGACAUCCAGCUGGACAGACAGUAGAACUGCCACAUAGAAGAACAAGGGAGCAACCAAAAAAGAUGCUUGCCCAGAAUCCAGUAAAAAUCCAACACAUUUGACCUACUGUCCAUUUCUAGGGUGGCCAACUUACACACAUAAAAAGUCCUGCUGUUUCUGGAGCGUGACUACAUGGACCUAUGUGGUCUCACUAAAGCCAUAAGGACCGGCCUUCUGACAGGAACAGAGUGCCAAUACAACUAGAAGGGGGACAGUACAAGACCUAAGAGACUUGGGAGUGACCAAACAUAAGUUAGGAGAUCUUAGUCAAGAAUGAGAUACUACAGGCAGCAGAACCUAUUAGAUCACUUGUGUCAGCAUGGGAUUCCUGGACAGAGCCCAGACUUUUGUUUCCCUAUUUGGGAGUCAUAUGAAUGGACUCUGUCCCCCUCAUCACCAUGGCCUUCUUGUCAGGUGGGGAGACUAAAGCAUUUCCCUGGAAUCCAGGGCAUGUCCUAGGUCCCUGAUAAUGGUCAUGACAAGGAAAACACCAUAGGCAGUGAGGUGACUAGGUUUAGUGGCAGCAACAUGAGACUGGGAAUUGGGUCCUGCAUGGGUUGAACAGGAGAAAAUGAAGGUGAGCAUACCAGGGAGGGGCUGGAAGGUAUGUAAUAGGGUGAUGGACUAAAACCCCUUAUUGGAAUAUAGAUGUCAUCCUAGGAUCAGGUGCUCAAAGCUUUCCUUAAGAUUCAGGGUAAUCACUGCUGGGACAUGAUAGCAGGAAGGUCCAUUUAGUUCCAAACUGGAUAUAAGAGGGUGGGAGUGUCUCUUUGGGCAAGAAGGAACUAGGACAGAAGGAACAGCCCAGGGGGGUGAAGAAACUUCGGCUAAGGUUUAUAUGGUUAUGGUUUUUAAAGUUAUCACUAACAGGUGUGGGGUAAAGGCUAUUUACCAAAAGACUAGUGUGCACUUUCCUUCCCUUACCAGCAAUAGCUCUGUUAACCACCCUUUCUCCUGCCAGGCUCACCUAAUUUGCUGAGAAAUAGUCCACAUUUAUUUCUGGCCAUAUCACCAUAAAUUAACCAAUGGCAUUAGUUAAAAAAAAGCCAAGGGUGAAUAUUAUGUGAAAUGUGUACAUAUGCUCCUAGGGACCCAGUUUGCUCUGGAAAAAGCCUGUGUCUUUCAUUGUAAUGCAAGAGAUCUAGGCUGCUGAUUGCUGGGGAAGUUGGGUGUGAAUUUUAGUGCUGAUGAAAUACAUUGGAAUGGCAGCUCUAGAGACUAAGGACUUGCCUUCACUGCAACAUUUAGCUCAAAUUAGUACAUGUGAGUUACUCAACUCAAACUAGCCUAGCUCAAGUGAGAGUGAUCACAUGCAAAACACCACUGGACCAAAGCACAAAGUGAUUGGAUUAACAGUUGACUGAUUCAAGAUGCUGCAUCCCCUAUUGCAUUGCUAAAGUCAGCAGCACUGGAACUUCAGACCAUACGAAUUGAUGGAAUAGCUAGAUCAAAAGUACCACUUAAUUUAGUUUAGAGAUUUUUAAAUCUGGGCAUGAGUUGUGUUGGAGGCAAAACUUGAGUUACACCACAAGCUAACAAGGUAGCAAGGAUGAGCCCUGAAGCCCUCUAUAUAGUCACAGUCAUAUACACCUCAGACACUAACAACAAAGAUUUCCCCACAAUGUCCCACCAAUAAAACUAAACCUGACCUGCAACCAUCACUUCUUGGGGUGAAAGGAUAGGUUUUAGCCUUAAUUCCUUAGUUUUAGGCACUGAUUGGCCAAUGAUGGGGCCAAUUAAUGCCAAUUGUAUUGGUGAGUUUUAUGUGGACACAUGUCCACAUACCUGGGACAUGUCUGAGAAAUGAGACUGAGGUAUCCAGCAAAGGCUGCCAGGCUCAACUGGGAUUUCCAGAAAGCACUGUUGUUUCUUUGCACAGUGGAUUGGUUUAGUUUUUUAAUUUCUUAUUCUAUUUUUAUACUGAUUGCAAUGUGAAAGAUGGAUGAUUACAGAG